AUGUGGGAACGCUUGAAGAAAGCCAUGCUCAGCCCCUUUUCUGUCAACUUUGCAGGGAUCUGGAAGGCAACCCAGGCAUUUUGGAGUAAGAAUGGGCUCUUGACAAUGUCCAUGCUCUCUGUGAUGACUGGAUGCCUUGUGGGGUUUCUACUGAGGAGGCUGGAGUUGUCCGAUCUGGAGAAGCAAUACUUCUCUUUCCCCGGAGAACUGCUGAUGAGGAUGUUAAAGAUGCUAAUCUUGCCGCUGAUCACCUCCAGUUUAAUGUCGGGUUUGGCCACCAUGGACUCCAAAGUCUGCGGGAAGAUGGGGAUUAUCACCAUUACCUAUUAUCUCUGGACGACCUUCCUGGCAGUUACCACGGGAAUCGUCUUGGUGAUCUGCAUGCACCCCGGGGCUGCUGCCCAGAAGGAGGACUACACAGUCAGCAAAGUGGUGCUCAGUUCCGCGGAUGCUUUGCUGGACCUCAUCAGAAAUAUGUUUCCUUCCAACCUCAUUGAGGCCUCAUUUCAGCAGUACCGAACAGUCCUUGUCCCUGUGGUGAAAUCCUCCGGGUUCCCAAAGAUGCCAAAGAAAUCUCUGAGUUUCAUCUAUUUUGCUCCGGACUCCGAAAACCCAGAGAUCCAGCGACCAGUGCUUCUUGAGAUCACACCGUCCCCAGAAAUGACCUACCGAACCCUCCCAGGCAGCAAUAAUGAGAUGAACGUCUUGGGAAUUGUAAUCUUCUCAGCCACAAUUGGCCUCCUUUUGGGGAAGAUGGGGGAGCGUGGGGCUCCUCUGGUCAACGUGUGCCAGUGCCUGAAUGAAGCCGUGAUGAAGAUUGUCUCCAUGGCCGUCUGGUACUUCCCGUUCGGCAUUGUCUUCCUGAUUGCUGGAAAGAUCUUGGAGAUGGAGGAGCCUUCAGUGAUCGGAAAGAAGCUGGGCCUCUAUGCCAUGACGGUGGUGACUGGGCUGGCCAUCCACAGCCUCUGCUUCUUGCCUCUGCUCUUUGUGCUGAUUACCAAGAAAAACCCCUUCUCCUUCAUGAGGGGGAUCCUCCAAGCCCUCCUGAUUGCUCUGGCCACAUCGUCCAGCUCAGCCACGCUGCCCAUCACCCUGAAGUGUCUUCUAGAAAACAAUGGGAUCGACAGACGAGUGGCCCGCUUUGUCCUCCCAGUAGGUGCCACCAUCAACAUGGAUGGAACUGCCCUUUAUGAGGCCGUGGCCGCCAUCUUUAUUGCACAAGUGAACGAGUAUGACCUGGACUUGGGACAGAUAGUUACCAUAAGCAUUACAGCCACAGCAGCCAGCAUCGGGGCAGCCGGGAUUCCCCAGUCGGGCCUCGUCACAAUGGUGAUCGUCUUGACCUCCGUUGGCCUCCCGACAGAAGACAUAACUCUCAUCAUUGCUGUCGACUGGGCCUUGGACCGGUUACGCACAAUGACCAAUGUCCUAGGUGAUGCGUUGGCAGCAGGAAUCAUAGCCCAUAUCUGCCAGGAAGACUUUUCUCCAAAACUACCCAAGGUAUAG